AUGUUGUCGACGACUCCCAGUGGCGAGAUCUCCCCUGCAGUGGCCAGCCUGGGUGCACUUGCACUCGGGACUGUGUCGUUCUGGGGAUACUUUCAUCGUUUCGAGACGCAUAUGUAUGCUUUUACUUAUUUCUACACCUUUCUUGCGGCGUAUAUUGGUCUUGCAAUCGGUCUUUGCAAAGGCUACUCGUACAGCAUUCCUUCGUCGGCAGCUACAUCGACUAGUGUAGCUUUGGCCUUUCUUGUCGGAGCUUUUGGGAAUUGCUUGAUCUACAGAUUGUUCCUGAACCCAUUGAACAAAUUCCCCGGCCCAUACCCAGCUCGAAUCUCGAACCUGUGGCUCUCAGCCCAGCUGGGCAACUCAGAUGGCUACUACUGGCUCCAAGAGCAGCACAAGAAGUAUGGCAAGUUCCUCCGCAUCGGCUCGAACGACAUAUCGAUCAUCGAUCCCGCGGCCAUGGAGCCCGCCUAUGGCAACAAGUCCCGCGUUUCAAAAGCCAUCUGGUACGACAACGACUACCCCCUGACAUCCAUGCACACCUCCCGAGACAAGGGUCUUCACGACCGCCGACGAAGAGUCUGGGCGCCAGCCUUCUCUGAGAAGGCGCUUCGAGACUACGAGACCGAGAUUCAGAAGUUCAACGAGAAGCUCAUCAAGCAGAUCGGAAAGCACAAGGGCGAGCCGGUCAACGUCACUAAAUGGUUCAAUCUCUUCUCCUUCGACGCAAUGGGUCUGUUGGCAUUUGGCCGGGACUACGGCAUGCUUGACAAGGGCGAGAAGCCGCAUGAGUUGGAAAUGCUGGACGAGGGCAUGCAACCCUUGGCAUACCGCUUCCCAUCUUGGUUCUUCCGCAUGCUCACACAGAUCCCCGGUCUUGGAGAGGGCUACAACAAAUUCGUCAAGUUCUGUGUCAGCGAACUCACAUGGCGAAUCAAGCACGCGGACCAAGCGAAGCGUGAUUCGGAUAUCAUGGGCUGGCUGCUCAAAGCAUACAAGGACGUCCCUCACCCAGAGAACGACUCCAUGCUACAAGCCGACGCUCGUUUAAUCAUCGUGGCGGGCUCGGACACCACCGCCGCGACGUUCACGUACCUCUUCUACCACCUCGCCUCAGACCCGGAGCAAGUGCGAAAGCUGCGCGAGGAGCUGGAGCCCAUCUGUCUUGGCGAUUGGCAAGAGAAGGACAUCCGCGGCUGCAACCACCUCAACGGGUGCAUCAACGAAGCCCUCCGUCUCCACCCACCCGUCCCCUCCGGCGUCAACCGCCUGACACCCCCCGAAGGCAUGAAAGUCGGCGAGACCUGGAUCCCAGGCAACGUAACCUUUAUCACCCCCCAAUACGUAAUGGGACGCGACGAAUACAUCUACGCCUCCGCCAACUCCUUCAUCCCCGAACGCUGGUACAGCCAAGAAGACAAAGUGAAGCACAAAGACGCCUUCGCGCCCUUCAGCAUGGGGCCCUUCGGCUGCAUCGGCAAGAACCUCGCGCUGAUGGAGCUGCGCACGCUGACUUCGCGACUGGUGCUGAAUUUCGAUUUGAAACUGGCCCCGCAGGAGGAUGGGAUGCGGUUGAUGCGCAAGACGAAGGAUCAUUUUACGGUGGAUUUGGGGGAUUUGGAGGUGGUUUUUACGGAGAGGACGUAG